CAGCCAUGCUGUAUGCGCCGUAGGAAGCAUUCCCGCCUGCACUCCCCGCUGCUCACUUCCUUCCGCUACGAUGUAUUGUCAGAAAUGCAGAACGCCCGUUCGACUUGAUGCAUCGGUGGAGGAGCUGAACCCGGCAGCUUUCAAGCUCUUAACAGACCCCAUCGUUCCAGUAUCGCACCACGCCUCCGCAACGGCCCCCCUCCGCCAAACACGCCUUGCAUUCCCAGAGCAGCGCCGGGAAGACUACCAGAGCGCUGUGCAUGACGCACGAGCACCUACCUUCAAACGAGCGAUCCCUCCUGGCCGCUUUGCUCAGAAUGCAUCUGUAUCGCCCAGCAAGAUGGGCAUCAAAGAUAACCCCGCCAUGUCAUUCGUCAUGCUCACCGAAUCCCAAGUCGUUCAAAAGCCUAACACUACUUGGGAGAACGGAGCAGACGAGGCCUCACGCGAUCCAAAUGCACCUUCGCCGGCUCCAAGGCUUGCCGCCGAGAUCGAGACCACCAACCGGCUCUACGAAAUACUCUCUGCCCACUCCGACAUUGACCAUCCUAUCUGCGUUGAAUGCACCGACCUGUUAGUUGAGGGGUUGCAAAAGAGCCUUGCAGGCGCUAUCAAGGAGCGAGACGCAUAUGUGGAGUAUUUGCGGCGGGCAAAUACCGACGUUCCUUCCGAUGAAGAACGGCAGCAAGGUCUGGAAACUUUAGGGGCUGCUCGGAAGCAGGAGGCAUCCAGCUUUGCAAGGCUUGAAACCCUCGAGCGAGAGAAGGCUCUGCUAGACAACCAAAUUGCCGCUUUAGACGUAGAAGCGCGAGAGUUGGAUCAGAUGGAGCAGAGUUUCUGGCAUGAACGAAACUCGUUUGCAGGAACUCUGUCUGCUUUUCAAGACGAGCGAGACCGGCUCAACACUCGGUACGACCAUGAUGCCAAGCAAUUGCAGCGCCUACAGCGGACAAAUGUGUACAACGAUACCUUUUGUAUCGGUCACGACGGAUUCUUUGGCACCAUCAAUGGGUUACGUCUUGGGAGAUUAUCAAAUCCGCUCGUCGAGUGGGCUGAAAUCAACGCCGCUUGGGGUCAGACUUGUCUGCUGCUUGCCACUGUGGCUGAACGGCUGGGCUUUUCGUUCAAGGGUUAUCGAAUAAUCCCCAGGGGGUCCUCAUCUCAGAUUGAGAAAUUGGAAUACCCCCAAUCCCCUUCUGGAAAUGACCCAUCACAUCCGGUCAAACCAAAGGUCACGAAACUCGAUCUAUAUUCUACUGGAGAGAUGGGUCUAGGCUUUUUCCUGCACCGACGAAUCGACGCCGCCAUGAUUGCGUUUCUAGAAUGCUUGCGUCAGCUGGGUGACUUUGUCGAACAACCUCCUACUCAAGGAACCGCCAAUGCAGGCCACGGAUUAAGGAUGCCUUACGAGAUCCACAAAGACAAGAUACACGACACUAGCAUCAAAUUAACCUUUCAACAGGAGGAGUCGUGGACGAAAGCCUGCAAGUAUACGCUGACAUGCUGCAAAUAUUUGCUUGCGCAUGCGAGCAACACGACCACUCCUACUUCUCGAAGAAACAUGUAGGGCACUUGUUAGGUGGAGUAAUGAUAAUUAUACCCCCGGCCAAUCAGUAGAUAUUGAAAAGUUAAAGUCUUGCAAAUAGAAGAGCUGUUAGUGCAAGGUACUUCUAUGAAAACAAUGCAAUCUCUGGCUAAUACAUGAUCUAGGAGUCGCAUGGUGAUGAAGGCCUAACAGAGUGUCUUACUCAAGUUGAUACCUGGCAGUGGUCGGACUAUUGCAGAAGCCAUCUGGAGCAGAAACAUUUGAAUAUGCCAGGCAGCUAUAUCCCCUGAAAUG